AUGGUUUGGGAUGAGUUGGAUCGCAGAGGUUGUCAAGGUUGUUUUAUCACGUGGUUUCAUUCGGGUCUCUAUUUAAAAAUAACACUGUCUUUGGCAGGAGAAAGGCCAGACUCGGAGGAACCAGAGCCAGGGACGUCCAAACUAGCAAGACGACACCACUGCUCCCACUGUGGAAAGAGUUGUAACCGGUUAUGGGACCUGAAACAACAUGAGAGAAUACACACAGGGGAGAAGCCUUACCACUGCUCCCAGUGUGGAGAGCGUUUCAACUGGAAAUCAAACCUGAAAGCCCAUGAGAGAAUACACACAGGAGAGAAGCCUUACCACUGCUCCCAAUGUGGAAAGUGCUUCAACCAGUCGGGGGACCUGAAACAACAUGAGAGAAUACACACAGGAGAGAAGCCUUACCACUGCUCCCAGUGUGGAAAGAGUUUUCGCCGGAAAGCACACCUGAAACGACAUGAAAGAAUACACACAGGAGAGAAGCCUUACCACUGCUCCCAGUGUGGAAAGAGUUUACGCCGGAAAGCACACCUGAAACAACAUGAAAGAAUACACACAGGGGAGAAGCCUUACCACUGCUCCCAGUGUGGAGAGCGUUUCAACUGGAAAUCAAACCUGAAAGCCCAUGAGAGAAUACACACAGGAGAGAAGCCUUACCACUGCUCCCAAUGUGGAAAGUGUUUCAACCAGAGAGUAAACCUGAAACAACAUGAAAGAAUGCACACAGGAGAGAAGCCUUACCACUGCUCCCAGUUUGGAAAGAGUUUCAACCAUCCAGGGAAGCUGAAAGCUCAUGAAAGAAUACACACAGGAGAGAAGCCUUACCACUGCUCCCAGUGUGGAAAUUGUUUCAACUGGAAAUCAAACCUGAAAGCCCACGAGAGAAUACACACAGGAGAGAAGCCUUACCACUGCUCCCAAUGUGGAAAGUGUUUCACCCGGUCGGAGAUGCUGAAAGCUCAUGAAAGGAUACACACAGGAGAGAAGCCUUACCACUGCUCCCAGUGUGGAAAGCGUUUCAACUGGAAAUCAAACCUGAAAGCCCACGAGAGAAUACACACAGGAGAGAAGCCUUACCACUGCUCCCAAUGUGGAAAGUGUUUCACCCGGUCGGGGAUGCUGAAAGCUCAUGAGAGAAUACACACAGGAGAGAAGCCUUACCACUGCUCCCAAUGUGGAAAGUGUUUCAACCAGAGAGGAAACCUGAAACAACAUGAAAGAAUACACACAGGAGAGAAGCCUUACCACUGCUCCCAGUGUGGAAAGUGCUUCAACCAGUCGUGGGACCUGAAACAACAUGAGAGAAUACACACAGGAGAGAAGCCUUACCACUGCUCCCAAUGUGGAAAGUGUUUCAACCGGUCAGGGGAGCUGAAACGACAUGAGAGAAUACACACAGGGCAGAAGCCUUACCACUCCUCCCAGGGUGCAAAGCUUUUGCCCAUUUAGGAAGCCUGAAAGAACACAUUAGACUGCACACAGAGGAGAAGGCUUAUAAAGGCUCAAACUGUGGGAAAACAUAUUACUCAUAACAGUCAUUUAAAUGUCAUUAGAGAAUCCACACAGGAGAGAGAAAUUACUUCUCUUAGCGUGUAUGUUGAUAUUUCACAUCACAUUGACUUCAAAUUCAUCAGAGAACAUACACAGUGCUCCCGUUGUCUUAUAUUGUUGACUGACAAUAUGUUUACCUGUCUUUACCAGAUGAAAUUAAAUGGUACAGGGUAUACUCAAACAUAUAUUUGUUUGUUUCUAUUAGAAGACAUGAAGUGAAUAUGGAGUCUGUCAGUUUGAAUAUAAAGAAGAUCAGGUUCCUUCUUUUAAACUGUCCUUUUUUUAAACUCUUUGUGUUUAUCUGGGUGUGUCAUUCCUCCAGCACUACAGAUAAUCAAGUGAUAUUUGGAUGUGAUGCAUUAGUUCCAUUGUUGACAUUUGUAUUGUAGCCCACUGAUGAUUUAAUGAAAUGAAAAUGUUCACAACCUUGUGAAACUGUCCUAUUAUAAGCUCCUGUUCUUGGGAGUAUCAUCCUGUGUUGCAAACCAAUUUGCACCUGUGUCCUUGUAUGAAUAAAGUCCCUCCCAGGAACAGGAAACUAUAAAGAUAUGUGCUCAUCACCCAAUGCUUCAGGAAUUCAGACUGUCUACACUGCGCUGUGUAACUCUGUUAUUCUCUCUGAGCUCAGAAAUAAAGAAUCUUGGUUUGA